GGGGGAAGAAGCUAAAGGAAUCGGGUGAGGACUGGAAAUCGCCACAGGGACGGGGGGAAGGUAGUGCCGUCCCCUCGCCGCUUACUUCCGAGAGGUUGCGGCGGCCCUGCGGUACUACUGGGAAGUGAGGGACCAACCCAGAUCUACCACCCCCCCACCCCGCUUCUCCGCCGGCAGUUUAAAUGGCGCUGCGACAGGAGUGGCUCCUUGCCAAAUAGUGAGGUCGGCGCCUGCGCAGUGCUCUUCUGCGGGGACCUGCGGAAUACUGAGCCACAACGAGCGCGUGGAACUAAUUGGAGGAGGAAGACAUGCUGCCAAAUAGUGAGCUCCAGCUGCUGGUGUUCUCCUAGGGGGGCCGGCUGCGGAGCGGGGGGCAGAGUCCGGGUGUCGCCAUCCCCACGCGCCGCAACUGCCGGGGCCGGGCUGCUCUGCCUUCCCCCUGCCGCCCUGAGGGGCUUCUCGGGCUGGGAGAAAAGCAAAGUGAAAAGAGAAAGCAAAGGACUCUUCCUGCCCAUGCAGAUACGUGUGGGAGAAGCAUCACCCAACAGGACAGGCAAACAGGAGUUUCUGCAGUGCUAUUUAUGACCUGUUAGCAAUAAACUCUGGAAUGAGCUUUCUACUGAAAUGAAGCAAGCUGCUGGCUUUAUUUUCAGGCAUCUCCAAAAAGUGUGAAGAUCUAGCAUAACUUUCUUCCCCUGAGUUGUGACGUUCUGUUUAAUCUUCAAACUGGCGAUGUCAAGGGUGCCAAGUCCUCCUCCUCCGGCAGAAAUGUCGAGUGGACCCGUGGCAGAAAGCUGGUGCUACACUCAGAUUAAAGUGGUGAAGUUUUCCUACAUGUGGACCAUAAACAACUUCAGCUUCUGCCGAGAGGAGAUGGGUGAGGUGAUCAAAAGCUCAACUUUUUCGUCUGGAGCCAAUGAUAAACUCAAAUGGUGUUUACGUGUGAACCCUAAAGGCUUGGACGAGGAGAGUAAAGAUUAUCUAUCCCUCUAUUUGUUGUUGGUGAGCUGUCCGAAAAGCGAAGUUCGAGCAAAGUUCAAAUUCUCCAUCCUGAAUGCUAAAGGAGAAGAAACAAAAGCAAUGGAGAGCCAGCGAGCGUAUCGAUUUGUGCAAGGCAAGGACUGGGGAUUCAAAAAAUUUAUUAGGAGAGACUUUCUUCUAGAUGAAGCCAAUGGACUUCUUCCUGAUGACAAACUCACUCUAUUCUGUGAGGUGAGUGUGGUACAGGACUCUGUAAAUAUCUCUGGCCAGAACACUAUGAACAUGGUGAAGGUACCGGAGUGCCGCCUGGCAGAUGAGCUGGGAGGACUCUGGGAGAACUCCCGCUUCACAGAUUGCUGCCUGUGUGUUGCAGGCCAGGAGUUCCAGGCUCAUAAAGCCAUCCUAGCAGCACGUUCCCCGGUCUUCAGUGCCAUGUUUGAGCAUGAGAUGGAAGAGAGCAAAAAGAAUCGGGUUGAAAUCAAUGAUGUGGAACCUGAAGUUUUUAAGGAGAUGAUGUGCUUUAUUUACACGGGGAAGGCACCAAAUCUUGACAAAAUGGCUGAUGACUUGCUGGCAGCUGCUGACAAGUAUGCUCUGGAACGUCUGAAGGUGAUGUGUGAGGAUGCACUGUGCAGUAACCUGUCUGUGGAAAAUGCAGCUGAGAUCCUCAUUCUGGCUGACCUACAUAGUGCUGAUCAACUGAAAACUCAAGCAGUGGACUUCAUUAAUUAUCAUGCUUCUGAUGUCAUGGAGACAUCGGGCUGGAAGUCGAUGGUAGUAUCACACCCUCACUUGGUGGCUGAGGCGUAUCGCUCUCUGGCCUCUGCACAGUGUCCCUUUCUGGGACCUCCACGUAAGCGACUGAAGCAAUCCUAAAGUCCCAUCUCUGGCAACACCACGUGUUUUUCUGGAAGCAGCAUCAGCUGUUGCUGCUCAAACCUUGACCACCAGGUAGACAGCGAAAUCUGUGGAGCUUAUACUCUGUUGUUGGGGGGAAGAGACUGCUUCGUGACACCCAGACUUUUUAAAACAGCACCAAGUAACUUGGGGAGAGGGGGGAGGGUGGGCCUGGGGCUCUGGGGCUGUUCAACCUAAUGAAUCCCUGUCGCUGCAUCGUCUGUGUGUUCCCUUCAACUUGGCUGAGUCAAUUAAGUACAGGGUUCGGUUUAGGUGCCGAUCCGUGUCAGAAUAAACCCAGCAGUGGUACUGGGGAAAACAACAUCUGCGUCUGGCAGCACAGAACAAACCAUCAGAUGCCUGGAGCAAGAGGACAUUUUAGUUUUGGAGAGAGCGUUGCGAAGUUAAAAAGAAUUUCCAGUGAGGUUCUGGAAAGGAAGUACCUGAUGGGAGCUCCAGUAGUAUUUAUAUCAAAAAAGAGAAUUUAAGUCCUUCCAGCUGAGCUAAAAACUGGACGUUUGUGUAACUCCUUAUUGCCAUCCAGCAACAAGAAGAUCAGUUUCUCUGUUAGUAGCACUUGUAUGUUAAUUGCAAAAAAAAAAAAGAAAAAAAAAAAAAAGAAAAACACCUUUUAUAAAGUGACAGGUUGAAGUGAAAGGGGACUGAGAGACUGUUCUGGAGGAUGUGAAUAGACUGAAGGCAGCCUUUGGCAAGUCUGUAUUGGUUUUGAAAGGACUAGAAUAUGCUUGAUUUGGAGCGUGCUGUCUGAUAAGAACAACGGUUACUGUUUUUAGAUAUUGUGGAAAAUGUUUUUUGGCAUUUUUCCCUGCUUUAUUUCCCUCCUUCCCUCUUUUUUAAGAAAAAGAAGAAAUUUUAUUGUUCACGAUCGCUGCGUCAGAAGUCCCUGUCCUGAGUUGCUAAAUGAUUCUUAACAACUGUUUGUACCUGACUUGCCGACUGUAUAGGAGCCAGUCCUAUUCCUUUCUAUUAGUCACUCUUCUUACAAGGAAGAAGUUUCAAAAUAGCUGUUAACUUUUUUUUUUUUUUUUUUUUUUGGAAAAUAUAAAUAAUUACUAUUUUGUACUGCGUCGUA